CUUGGAUUUCAGAGCCCUUUCCCUUUUGUCAAACCUUUUUUUCAGCUUGCUUGCCGGUCUAAUAGAUAUUUCGCCGGAAGCUUCAAUCUUCUCUUUCUCACUGAUAUCUCCUGCUGCUAAAAGCUAUAAAUUAAUGCAAUACAAUACACUUGUUCUGCUUCAUGUGAAAAGGAGCUGGCAUCAAUGGCUUCUUUGUUUCAUGGGCUUAGCUGCCUAAUUCCCAUACUUUGCAUCAUCCUCCUCUUUCCACACACUGCCAUUUCUCAAACCAACAUAACUGUGGGCAGCUUCAUUGUUGCCGGUGACGAUAAAGCCCUGGGCCACUGGCUCUCUCCUUCCGGGGAUUUUGCCUUUGGGUUCAGCCAAGUCGAGAACAAUGACACUUUCCUAUUAACCAUGUGGUUCGAUAAGAUCCCGGAAAAGACGAUCGUUUGGCUUAACAAGGAAAUCGGCCCCGUUCCCAGGGGAUCAAGAUUGGAGGUCACCUCUGACCGGGGGCUGGUCAUAAACGACCAAAAGGGAGGUUUCCUGUGGAGUACUGAUACCGUAGUGAGCAGAGUCACCCAUGGGUUCUUUGAGGAUUCCGGGAACUUCGGCCUCAGGGACGAAUACUUCGAGACAACUUGGGAGACAUUUGACAAUCCGACAGACACGAUAUUGCCCGGUCAGGAGAUUAGGAAGAAUGGAGUCAUACUGAUUUCUCGGGGAUUGGGUUCCAAUGUUAGCGGAGAAGGAAGGUUUAGGCUCUAUCUAAAGAACAGAACCGUCCAACUAAAGACUGUGAACUUGCCUGGCAACUACGAAAAUGAGCCUUACUACAGCAGCAAUGGCUCAGAUGCUUCAACCAGUCCUGCAAGGGCAGUCGGGUUCAAUCGUUCAACCGGAUACAUAUAUAUUCUUCGCCAAAAUGGAGUACAAUCACCCUUGAAUCCGGGGAUCAAAGUGGUAUCCAGCCAAGACUACUACCUGAGAGCGACUCUCGAGUUUGAUGGAGUUUUCAUUCAAUACUCUUAUCCGAAGAACGUAUCAGCAGGCGAGAGGAAGUGGUCAGCUAUUUGGCUAGUGCCUGAUAAUAUAUGCGUUAGUAGCUUCAUGACCAAAGGAAGCGGUGUUUGCGGGUAUAAUAGGAUCUGCAGGCUCGGAGUGGACCACAGGCCUAACUGUGAGUGCCCAAGAGGAUUUUCUCUUCUCGACCAGAGCGAUGACUACAGAGGCUGCAUACCCAGUUUCUCCCAAGGCUGUGAAGUCAGUGGCCCGAGUUCUACGCAGGAUGAAUUUGUGCUCGAUGAAGUCGCCAACAUAGAUUGGCCGACUACUGAUUACGAGGUCCUGCAGCCUUUCCGGGAGGAUGAGUGCAAGGACGCCUGCCUAAGGGAUUGCAUGUGUGCUGUCACGAUAUUCGGAAGUGGUAAUAUGUGUUGGAAGAAGAAGCUGCCUCUGUCAAAUGGAAGGGCUGACGGCAAUCUUAGCAAAAAGGCUUUCAUCAAGAGGAGGAAGUACGGUUCUGAACUUCAGAGUCCGGGCUCUCCAAGCUCGGGCUCGAACAACAAAAAUGCUCUGAUAAUUGCAGGUUCAGCUCUUCUCGGAAGUUCGGUGUUUCUGAACUUUAUGCUGAUGGGUGCGAUCGGGCUUGGUUUCUUUAUGAUUUACCACAAGAAGUUGAGCAGAAUUUUUAAGGAUGAGGGUGGUCUGGAUGUAAAUAUUCGUUGCUUUACAUACAGAGAGCUCGAAGAUGCUACAAAUGGUUUCAAGGAAGAACUCGGGAGGGGAUCAUUCGGAAUUGUUUUCAAGGGACUUAUUGACAUUGGCAAUGAUUCUAAUUCCAGAACUGAAGUUGCAAUCAAGAAAUUAGACCGGCUGUUUCAGGAAAGCGAGAGGGAGUUCAAGACCGAAGUGCUCGUCAUCGGGCAAACACACCACAAGAAUCUCGUCCGACUUCUUGGGUACUGCAAUGAGGGGCAGAACCGUCUUCUGGUCUAUGAGUGCCUGAGCAACGGGUCUUUGGCGAGCUUCCUCUUUGGGGAUGAGAUGAAGCCUACUUGGGAACAGAGGGUCCAAAUCGCAUUGGAUGUCGGAAAGGGGCUCUUGUACCUUCACGAAGAAUGCAGCACGCAGAUCAUCCACUGUGACAUAAAGCCUCAGAACAUCCUGCUUGAUGAGAACUACGGCGCCCGAAUUUCAGAUUUCGGGCUCGCCAAGCUCUUAUUAUUAAGCCAGACCCACACAAACACUGCCAUAAGAGGGACUCGAGGCUAUGUUGCUCCCGAGUGGUUUAGGAACCAGCCCAUCACAGUAAAAGUCGAUGUGUACAGCUUUGGCAUUCUCCUACUCGAGAUUAUUUGCUGCAGGAGGAGCGUGGAUAUUGAGAUUGGAGGGGAAGAUAAAGUGAUCUUGGCCGACUGGGCCUACGAUUGCUAUAGAGAGAAGACGAUCGAUGCUCUCGUGGAGAAGGAUGAGGAGGCAAUAAGUGACUCCAAGAGGCUUGAGAGGUUCGUGAUGGUGGCGAUCUGGUGCAUUCAGGAAGACCCGUCUCUAAGGCCGACCAUGAAGAAGGUCAUGCUAAUGCUGGAAGGGAUAAUUCAAGUUUCUAUUCCGCCGUGUCCGUUCCCAUUCAGCACUAUAACUACAGUAUAGUAUAGUGUAGCUUCGCUAUCUUUUCAAUGUGGAGCCCUCUAUCUGUAGCUAGAAUCUUACAACCUCGAAGAAUUUAUAUGUCAAUAUUGUUCGGUUGACUCUUUCGAUAUAUAUAUAUAUAUAUAGAUAUAUAUAUAUAUCUAUAUAUAUAUAUAUUUUCCGGGUAGACGAUUCAUUCGUUCUUUUAUUUUUCCGUGCAAGGGAAAAGUCAGCUGUGAAAUUGUGUUUUCCAAUUUCGAGAAUGAAUUUCGACACGCACUAGCACAUAUUGUAUACGGUGCUUCUUCA